GGUGCCUUGAGGUGCUGCAUAUAAUUGAGGGGGGGGUGCUAGUGAGGCGUGUACGUGCUGAUCUGGAGUCAGUUUGGUAGGAUUUGGGUAUAAAUAAAUUAUUUCAUUUAAAAUAUGGAUUUUUAUUUAAAGAUAUUCAUGUAAUUUGCAUGCAAAAUAGGUCUACCCGAACCAGCGGACACAAAAUUCAACCAGCGGCAAAAACCGCGGACCUGGCAACACUGGAAGUGGCUGUCAAUCACAGUGUGGCACCGUGCAUGCUGGUCGAGGGGGCGUGCCUGUGAUUGGCGCAGUAGAGGGGAGGCGUGCCUGUGAUUGGCGGAGUAGAGGGGAGGCGGGGUUAACCUGUCGGAAAACGGAAGUUACGGGUGGUUGACGGGAACCGUUGUUGUUGACAUUCGAGCUGCUGAGCGGAGAGGAGCAGCUGUCUGUGUUGGUGAAUGCCCAAUAAAGGGAGGAAUAAUAACGUCGUCCCGUCUCCGUGUCAUCAGUCCAUAACGUCCGAGACGUUACAUCAUUGCGCCACCAAGGUCCUGCGAUGUCAGAUCAGAAGCAGCUAAAAUUCCGGUGCGUUUUUGGAAUAGUCUCCUCCCCCCACGCCGCCGCCUGCCGCCAUCAUGCCUGUCGUGACCUCCAGCCUCUCUGAAGGUCAUCACAGGUUGCUGCUCUCUCUCCUGGGUCACGUCAGACUCCACCUCCUCCACAAAGCCAGCGUCCACGGCUUCUCGGCAUUGGCGUUCCACAACCACUGUGACCGACAGGGCACCACCAUCAUCGCCGCCUACAACGCCGCCGGGUUUGUGUUCGGCGCCCACACCUCUCAGGACUACGCCCAGAGCGGGGCGGACGUCUGCGACGAGAAGGCCUUCCUCUACAGCAUCCACACCGGAGGAGGAGGAGGAGCCAAGACGCUGAGGGUGGCGCCGGAUAUCCACACGGCGUGCGCCUUCAAAGAUAUGGCCACCGGGCCGGAUUAUGGCGCCCUGGUGUUCCUGCACGAGGACGCGGCGAAGGUCCAGUCCAACCCGGGGGAGGGGGGCUUCACCUUCCAGCCCGCGCAGAUGCACGGAGACGACACGGCGCUGACCGAGUUCGAGGUGUAUCGCGUUGAAGGCUUGGGAGAUCUCCUGGCCAAACCCUGGAGGAACAUUCGCUGGAGCGCGGAGAGAAGGCAGCAGUUGAUGAAGAUCAUUCUGACCUACAAGCCCGAGGUUCAAACCGUCCAGCGGGCCCGGGCAGUGCUGGUGGGGCCCGUCGGGGCCGGCAAGUCCACCUUCUUCAACUCCAUCAACUCCAUGUUUCGAGGCAACAUGACGUCACAGGCCAUCGCUGGUACUGCGGGAAAGAGCGUAACUACUCAGUUCCGCACCUACACCAUCAAGGCGGGGAAAGGCGGCGCCGUGGUUCCUCUGAUCCUGUGCGACACGAUGGGGCUGGAGGAAAACACCGAGGCCGGGUUGGACGUCGAGGACUUGGUCCACAUCUUCAAGGGCCACGUGAAGGAUCGCUACCAGUUGAACCCCUUAACGCCAAUCCACCAGGACACUCCCGGCUUCAAGGAGCGAACGACUCUGAGUGACGCGAUCCACUGUGUGGUGUACGUGGUGGACACCUGCAAGGUCUCCCUCCUCAGCCAGAAAAUGCUGGACAAGUUCGCCAGCAUCCGGAAAAAGACCAACCACCUGGGAAUUCCUCAGAUUCUGCUAAUGACCAAAGUAGACGAGGCCUGUCCACUGGCGGCUGAAGAUUUACAAAAUGUUUACCGCAGUGUUUACCUUCAGAGGAAGGCCCGGGAGUUAAGCGAGUCCUUCGGCAUCCCCAUGUCCUGCGUGCUGCUGGUGAAGAGCUACAGCGAGGAGCUGGAGCUGCACCAGGACGUCGACAUCCUGCUGCUGACGGCCGCCGAGAAGAUACUGAACUACGCCGACAGCUUCUUCGAGAACCAGGUGGUCGUGGAGGACCCAGAGGCGGUCGACCUCUACACUUCAAAGGUCAUGACCUGAGAGAGGACCACCAGUUCCCGUCCCUCGUUGAUUCAAACUAAUGAGUCAGAUGGUCGAAUAUAUAUAUUCAGAAACAUGCUUGUUUAGAAGUAACAACAGUAGUGCUGUAGUUUGAGGAAUUUUACUCCUGUGUCACGUUCAGUUUUAACUAAUUUUUCUGAGCAAUUGUUCACUAUUUGCAGAACUUAUUGUACUCUUCUUGAUUUUCUGUUGGCAAUGCAUUUUUUCUUUCAUUAGUCGCAACAUGGAAAUAAAUGGAUAAAGAUAA